AACAAUGCAACAAAGCUCAGCGGCCCCAUGCAUGUCCAUCCAUUCGCCGAAUCCGAGCUCACGCAGGUCGUGUUUUUCCUUCUUCUUUCGCUCCGAAUGAUGCAAAUUUGUUACGUAAGCGAAGGAAGUAGCAGGCACCCCUGUUAAGGGUCGUUUCCUGAUUUUGAUUCGGCCAAGGUCGGCGCCUGUCAUGCUCAGGGCGUACAAGAACCUGCUGCAGAGGCACCCCUUCUUCACGCAGGCCGUGCAGACCGGGUUGCUGAUGGGCACGGGCGAUGUGAUCGCGCAGGUGGUAGUUGAGAAGCGGCCCAAGCUCGACCUGCGUCGCUCCGCAACCUUCACAGCCAUCGGAUUUUGUUUUUUGGGUCCGAGUCUUCGGCUUUGGUACGGCGUCUUGGAGAGGGCGUUUGGCGCAGGUAGGCAGCCGGCGGCCACCCUGAAGAAGGUUGCGCUGGACCAGUUCGUGUUCGCCCCCACCCUGAUCGCCUCCCUCCUCACCGUCGUGCCACUGGCGAACGGCCACACCUGGGGCGACGCCACAGACAAACUCAGUAAUGACUACUGGACUGUCCUUAAGGCCAACUAUGUGUUGUGGCCUUGGGUGCAGAUCGGAAACUUCUACUUCGUGCCGCUGCAGUACCAGGUGCUCGUCGUGCAGGUGGUGGCCCUUUUUUGGAACGUCUACGUCUCCUGGAAGGCCAACGCGCCUCUGGCCAAGAAGACCAAAGUGUAAACCUUUUAUUUUUCUAUAAUUUUUAGACGUGGUAAUGUUUGAAGUAAUAAAGAAAAGAUCCGCGACGGUGCAAUUAAA